GGUUCUAAUGUCCUCAGGUUACCUUGACUCAAUCGCAAAUAUCACCGUGUCAGACGAAAUUCAACUUGCCAUAUUCUGCAGCGACGGCUUUAUUAUCCAAAAAGAGUCUCCCGCGGACCACCAGCAAUAUUGGUGGGAUAUCGAAUUCCAUGACAACAACAGUACAGAGCCGGUUUCGCUACCAAUCCAAGAUGGCGAGUUGCCAUCUCCAACGGAGAAGACUUUUACCAAACUAGGCUACAAUGCAGGUAUCGAUCAAAACGCGACUGGCCAAGCCCAUAUAUACAUCAGUCCCAACACAUUCAACUUGAGCCAGAGUCCCAGUGUUGAUGGUCGAAAUUUAGCCGAUAUUCGUACGGAGGGACUCAAGGCAGAUAAAAAUUUCAAUAAUAUCGACUACUUAAGACCGUUGUCACGAUCAAUAAUGCGCGAGCUAUUUGUCGCAGUGGGUGGUCUGUUGGAUCCGAACCUGAACAUGACCAGGGUGAUCGACAUCCCAGGUGAAAACACGGACAUCAGCAUGUUUAAAGACUGCAUCGCACAGAAAAACCAGAAUCCGGCGCCUAUUACAAUAGCUGAAUGUCUGACUAUUGUGGCAACAGGCUUGUUCCUGCAGAUCCACGACACCCCGACUUUUUGGUCUACCGGUGUGGUCAACCGGGAUACACUUCGAGCGGAGGAACCCGGUAACAGCUCUUCCCAGGACAUCACGUUUACCUUGAAUUGA